GCUCUCGGCAUUUACGUAGCGACGAAUCGGUACUCGUCAUGUUGUACUAUGGAUGCUCCUCUUGCCUGUCGUCCACUAUCGAUCCUAGUACGACUGGGCGCGAGAUAGCCGAUCUGUUGCGGCUGCGAAUUCAUCUAGUCGGAAUGUUGUUUCUAUCAACACAUAGAUCGAUAACGAGGACGCCCUGAUCGUGACUUAAGAAAGACACUAGAGACUUUGCAUUGAUCCGUAGAUCUGGAAUUGACGCAAGCGGUCAUUUUGUGCGGUUAACGUUCCCACGACACUAUCGAGCACAACUCACAACGACAUUGAGCACCCUUCCUACGUCGCUUACCGCAUCAGGAUAUGCCUUCAUAUCUGUUCCCUGAGAUUUACGAGCACAUCCUAGAACAGCUUCCUGUCCGAGAUGGCGUACUUCUCGACGACAGUGCCCGCACUCUCCUUCAAUGCUCCAGAACUAACUCAAUGCUGCGAGCCAUAGCCUGCCUCUCGCAUAUAUGGAAGUCGCACUAUCUAGCACGGUGGACCCGAUCGAAAGAUCAUGCGGCGCUUGAGGCUCGGUUUGGUGGCGACUAUCGGCUAAUGUAUUUUGAGCGACGUUGGAGGGAUCGGCGAGCUGUCAAAGCCCUCAGCCGGGUGAUACAACAUCGGUGUGGCCGCCACGAGCUUGCUAUGGAGCUCAUAGAAGAGCUUAAUUACGACGCGUGGGAUGUCCUGUCUGCACAAAUCGUUCCCAAUUCGGGUGCGUCGUUUGCUGGGAUUGACGCUCCGACGGAGGAUUGGUUUGCCCGGAACUUCUGGGCGGGAGAGAUCCUGCGGACGAUGGCGCGACGUGCUGCAGUGGAGCAGGCAAUAGACCUCGAAAAUGGCAGAGAGUUCCCACUAGAGCGAGGCCUCGGCAUCUUUUCUGGGUUCUGGGGGGUGGAGCCAUCUCAUAUUGCUACCCAGCUCGAUGGUCUCGCCCAGCAAUGUCGGGAACAUCUCUUAGGCAUGAGGCUUAUUCUGGACCCGGAGGACCCAAUAUAUGAUCGUGUCUCCGUGUGUUUGGAGGUAUGCCACUGGAUGAGGGGCGAGGGUUUUGUGGCCGCGACGGACACAUAUCACGACAUGCGGAAUCACUUCAUGCACAAAGUAUUGACCACGCAUCGCAAAACCCUCCCGCUCUCUCUGGUCGCAGUGUUUGUGGCGAUAACCAAUCGUCUUGGCAUCCCUUCCAAAGCAGUUGGCAUCCCUGGUCACGUCCACGCCUUUGUGCCCUUAUCACCAGACGUACCAUCUGUCCGUUAUCAUAUUUCCUCCUACGAUGCCCGCAAUGAAGGGAUUCACAUUGACGUUUUCAACUCUGACUCUCAACCCUUCAUCGAUGUCAUUCGACUUCUGCGAGUCGGUCAACAGGACAACCUCAAGCCUGCCUCGACACAUGAUAUGGUGUUCCGGGCUGGGAGAAAUAUACUCACCUCCGCUCAACUACACCAGGCAGCCCUCGAAGCGUCUGAUCUUGAUCUAUCGAUAUACGCUGUUUUCUGUAUAUUCCUUAUCCCUUCUCAUGUCGGGAUCGCAUCUGCAAAGGGCUUCAUACAGCAAAUUACGUCAAUAGUAGGCCAACGUUACCCCUUGGACGUGCGGCCCAUCUUGCAGUCGGUUCUUGCGCCUGUCCUCGCGCCACCGUUGAGACUGCUGCUGGAGAACGUGUGUACGAAGCUUGUGGAAGACGACGAAGAGUACCAUGUGCCGACAGCGAGGAAGCCGGUACGAUACUUCUCGGGGCUGGUAUAUGUCCACCGUAUCUUUGAUUAUAUCGCGGUGAUUCUUGAGGGAGAUGACCACUGUCACGCCUCAACAUCAUGGAUCGUGCGAUAUGGUGUUGACUCAUUGGAAAGAGGACGACAUCAACCUUUCUAUACCUCGGCCGCAGCGGAUGGAAGCAGUAGAUACGUUGCCGAAGACAAUAUCAUACCCAUUGCUCAUUUGCGAAAUUCGUCCUACUCAGAUCACUCCCAAACGUCGGGCGCUGAGAUCAUUCAUUCCCUCAUUCAGGGUUAUCCCGGCUUAGGUCGCCAUUUCAUCCGACCUGAGGAGGGUCCCCAUGGUCGUCUCGUUUUCUUACCGAACAAAGACGUACUGAGGAGGUUUCCUGAAGAUGUUGCGAAAGCGCAACACUAUCUCUGCACGGGCACGGUACCUAUUCCGGGCGUGAGCAGUUGAAACAACAUACAAUGCUUUUGGUUUAAAGAACGUGAUGAGCUCUGGGUACUGUUGUACACUGUACUACCAUUUUAAUUGCCAUAAUACGAGGGCGACCUCGCAUGUAUAGUAUUCGCACACGGUGCCUUGUUAUUUAUUCUACAUCAUCGGCCAUUCCUCGAGGCAACCCUGUG